UAUUUGGCGUAAUAUGGCAUCACAUCACUUCAGUUUGUCAAAAUGGCGAGCGUACAAAGAGAUCACUGGUGUUUUGUAGUAUUACAAUGUCUUUUACUUAAUUUAUUACUCUGUCGAAAUGGUACAUACGCAGAUAAAAAUAAGUAUUAUCAUAUAUCUACUUUAUGCACAAAAGAGCGUAAUCUACAAAUGUAUAAGAAAAUAGAUGGCACAGUACUAACAUCUGAAGGUGAAGAUAAUUUGCAAUGCGUUUUAACCUUUCAAACAGAUACCAUACUUCAGCGAUUUAUGCUAAGAUUUGAGAGAUUAGCUUUGGACUGUAAUGAUCAUCUCUUUAUUUAUGAUGGAGCACAUGCUUUUGGAAAUCAUAAGGCAGAUUUGUCAUGCAGAAGUACUAGAGCUGAUGUAGGGACCAUCUUUACACAAAGUAAUUAUGUAACUCUUAAAUAUGAAACUGACAAGUGGACUCAAGCUGGGAAUGGUUUUAAACUUGUCAUUACCACUUUUAAAGAUUCUCCUGUUGGUUGUCGAGACUUUUUAUGCAUGAAUGGCUUCUGUAUAACACCUGAUUUGACGUGUGAUGGAGUUAAUCAUUGUGGAGAUAAUAGCGAUGAAACUAGUCAUGCCUCCUGUGUUGAUGAUUCUGCCAACACAGGAAUUUUAGGAAUGGCUGCUGGUGUAUUUACUGCAUUUGUAAUAAUUCUAAUACUAGUAUUUGGCAUUCUUGUUGCAAGCAUCGCUCUAGUUCUAUGCCGUAGAGUUCGAGUGCAAGGACAUAUGAUUGAAUCUCAGAAUGCUUCUACACAUCCUGUAGUAUCAGGACAGCCUUAUCCUAGUAAGCGUUGCCCAGAUAUACCACCUCUCCAAACAGAAACGAAGAAAAGCCCCCACCUUACCCCGGAGGCGGAUAUUCUCCAGGGACUGGGCUCACCUACAAUAUGCACGACGAAAGCCUCUACUACCCCACAAAGUGAAAACUGGUUUGUGUAAGAAAAGAAAUUUUGUCAAUACUCAGAUACUGGAUUGAACCAUCUAAUGUUAAUCUUUUUAAUUAUUUUUCAUUUGUAGAGCUUAAAAUUAAAUAGAUUUUAAGUAAAUUUAUAUGAAUAAAUAUAGUAUUUGUUACUUUGAUAAAAUUAAAGAUAUUUACCCUUUUAAUUUUUAUUACUUUGGAGACUGGUAUAUACAGUUUUCUAUACAUAAAGAGAAAGAAAGAAUAAGAUUUUUAUAGCAUUUUAUGUUUCAAUCCAUAUUAAGAUAUAAAGACUGCCUUUAUAAGUGUAUGUGCUAGUUUGCAUUUACAGCAAUACCGUCUGAAGAAUUGCACAAUCUCUCAUGGUCUGUUCUCUAAAACUGUGGUGUUCUCAAAAUAAAUUUGCCUUUAUUAACGCAUGUAUAUUAGUUCAUCUAAUCAUGUUGAACAGUUAUGAAGGAAAUCACAUUCCUUAAUUUAAGGUUUCAUCAUUUAGUGUUUUAAUUUAUUAUUGUUCUUCACUUGCACUAUUAUAGAAUUUUUUUUUAGGAUGAAAUAAAGUUGUCGAUGAGCAGGGAUGCCAACUGUAUAAA